GACACAUGGCGGCGGCGGUGGCUCUUUAAAAACCCACCGUGUCGUUGGCUGUUUCCACUUCUUUUCGGGUCGAACCCAGAUUAAUUUAUCCAUCACACGCCAUUCUCUCCCUCCCCCCUUUGUAUUGAAAUCAAACACACGUUUCCAGAUUAAACUCGAUCAAUCCGAAGCUAUUCAACUUCAAACUUCAAAGUCAACUUCUCGUCGUCGUCCUCUAUUGUAGUCAGAGUGGGUUUGAUUUGAGCUAAUUGAAAUCAAAAGGAAUUGCAGAAGAUGAUUUUAGUGUCUGUGGAUACGAAUUAUAGAGAUUGAGCGAUUGAUUGAAGUUUUUUGGAUUGUGAUGGAUGGUUCUCAAGGUGGUUCAAAUUCAUCACCCCCUUUCCUGACUAAAACAUAUGAAAUGGUAGAUGACCCUUUGACAGAUCAUAUUGUUUCUUGGAGUCAUACUGGGAGUAGUUUUGUUGUUUGGAAUCCACCUGAAUUCGCCAGUGAAUUGCUUCCUAAAUACUUCAAGCACAACAAUUUCUCAAGUUUUGUUCGACAGCUCAAUACAUAUGGUUUUAGAAAGAUAGAUCCCGACCAAUGGGAGUUUGCAAACGAUGAAUUCCUAAGAGGACAAAGACACCUUCUGAAAAAGAUCCACCGCCGGAAGCCAAUCCACAGCCACUCAACACCACCACAAGGAAGUACUCCGGCCACCCUGUCUCCUUCUGAGAGACAAGAAUACGAGGAUGAUAUUCAAAAAUUAAAACAUGAAACCAAUUCCCUUCGCCUUGUGCUACAAAGACACAAACAAGAAAAUCAAGAAUACGAACAAAAUUUUGCUACUUUACGCGAAAGAGUACAGAAAAUACAACUAAGACACAAGAAAACAAUGUCAUUCCUUGCUCAAAUCCUUGAAAAACCCGGGUUUUUGGAAUCCAACACCAGAAAAAGACGGUUGCUAAUAACAACUUACUUGCACGGUGAAGCCAAUGCCGACGACAACGGGAAUCCUGAUUCCAUUCCGUUGUUGAACAAGUUGGAAUCGUCUUUGAAGUUUUGGACAGAUUUUGUGAACGAUAUCGUUAAAGUUUCCGGCGAAGAAACAUACGAUUUUGGCAUACUUGCACAGCCGGAAAAGCAGGUUUCCGGUGAUUUCAACGAGGUUUCUCGGGUGAAAUCUUCAGGGAUUGAUGUGAAUGCCGCCCCUGCUGCCGCCACGGAUGGUGAUGGUGGUGCCGCCACAGUGCCGGCAGUGCAAGCGGGAGCAAAUGAUGUGUUCUGGGAACAGUUUCUGACGGAGACACCUGGCGGUGGGGACACACAGGAAGUCCAGUCAGCGAGGCGGGAUGUAAUUAACAAACAUGAUGAAUUGGGUCAACGUAAAUCUUUGUGGAAUACGAAUAAUAAUUUAGAUAAAAUUACAGAAAAGAUGGGGAAUCUUAGUCCUUCUGGUAAGCUUGAUGUUCGAUGAUUUUGUUUUUUGUUUUUGACUUUGACUUUCUUGUUGUAUAAUAUCAUGAACUUGGCCCGUUUUAGAUCUUACAUUUCAGGGGAGUGUAUGUGUAUCAGUAUGUAGUUUACAGUUUUCGGUUUGUUUAUAAUAGUGUUUCUGUUAUAUCAUUA